AUAGACAGUAAUACCCCACCAAUAAUUCACUAUCGCUCCUAAAAAGAUCGACAUUCAACCACCCAGGCCCACAAAUCACCGGAGCCAAAUUAUGAGUUCGUUGGACUUCGCCAACGCGCUGUUUACCAAAUACCAACAAUCCACAAUGAGCUGUGGACUGCUUUCAGCGGACACUUCAACUUCUCACUGUCCGUCUUCUUCUCCUUUUCCCGCCGUGUCUUCUUCGUGCGCCUUCGUGUCCAGAGGAUAUCGCCACCAUUAUGCAUCCAGUGAGAGAGGCAGCAGCAGAGUCCAGUUUCCUCCCUCUUCUUCUUCUCCUCCCUCUUCCUCUUCUCCUUUAUCAUUUGGGUCUUCUCUUUCGGGACUAAACGGGGGCAUUAGGGGUGUUGAGGCUACAGAAAUAUGCUCAGCAGGAGGUUAUAACUCACUGGGAGUUCGGCCGUUGAGAUGCCCCGCAGAGCUGUUCCCACUCAAUCGGACUCAGUUAUGCUCGCUGGCUCCGAAGCUUCCUGAGCCGACCUCCAGGAGGCAGAGCAGCCCCGAUCAAAGAAGGCUAAACCACGAGAGACUGCGUAUUUACCCCUGGAUGAAAAGCUCAGUCUCUGACAGACGAAGAGGCCAACAGACGUACACGCGGCAUCAAACCCUCGAGCUGGAGAAGGAGUUCCACUUCAACCGGUACCUAACGCGUAAACGGCGGAUAGAGGUCGCGCACGCUCUCGGCCUCACAGAGAGACAGAUCAAGAUCUGGUUCCAAAAUCGGAGGAUGAAGUGGAAAAAGGAGAACAUUGUGACGAAGAGCGGCGCCCCCACAGCAGUGAGUCGAGAAGAAGAGGAGGCGGUCGAUGAGGAGGACUGAUGUGUGACCAUAGAUUUUAAGAGAUAAGAAAAAUGUAUCAGAAUUUACAGGAUAGGACCAUUUUCAACAAAGAACUCUUCUGUUACAAUUCAAGAAUCCUAGACUCCUUCGUGUUAUUACCUCAAGUGAUUUGCGGCAGAAAGGCACGAGAUGGUUGUUGAUGCAAUGAACAGCAGCACUUGUGACUUCUGUGGAUUCGUGUUAUAUCUAUUCCAUGUGCAGUUAUGUAUGUAUAUAUUUUUAUGUUUGAAAAAGUCUGAGCCCAUAAAUCACAAUCCAAGAGCUAUACUAGCUUUUCGUUUCUGUUAUUAUUGUUCUUAUUAUCACUUCAGAGCGAAAGUAGGCAAUCCUCUCCGCAAUAUUUUGAUUUGUCCCCUCAAUAUUUAGCGGAAGAGGUUAAUUUAUAUCCCCCCCUCCCCCCAUAUUUUAAUGCUACUAAUAGAUUAAAACAGUAAGAUUUAUUUUUUUAAUGACUCAGCAGGUAUUCUGCUUAAUGGGAAAACUGUAGGAAGAAUUGUCCGCGAGCAGUACUGCAUUAUACUCCUGUUUGUUUUUGUGUUAUUUAGUGUCUGAAAGUUCUGUUUUACCUUAUAAGACGUUGUUACCAUAAAUGUAUAAAGAUAGACCGAGACAUUUCAUAUGAAACAUUCAUGUGGUAAGGUGCUCCAACAAAUUUCGUUGCAGCAGAAGGCUGAUUUUUAUUUUAAAUGAUCGCGUU